CCAGGCGGUGAGCUCAGCCCUUCAACCCUUCCCUCCUGUGUUGGGCUGUCAGCAGAGCCGUUUCUCCCAAGAAGAUUUCCAGGCCCCUCUGGGCCAUGAAGAGGCCUAAAUUUAGCCAGCAGACAAGGGGCUGGCCUCGAGCCCAGGGACAGUUGGGCCUUAUAAAGCGCUGGCAGUCAGGGGCCCCCGGCACGCGUCCCUGAAGGCCUGCACCCACGCGUUUCUCCAGCCCAGCCCCUGCCCGUCAGGACAGGGCCCCCGCUGCCUGUGGAUGAGCCAUCGGACCUCCUCCGCCUUCAGAGCGGAGAGAAGCUUCCGUUCCUCCUCUUCAUCCUCCUCCUCUUCUUCUUCGGCCUCCCGUGCCCUUCCAGCCCAGGACCCACCCAUGGAGAAGGCCCUGAGCAUGUUUUCGGACGAUUUUGGCAGUUUCAUGCUGCCCCACUCGGAGCCCCUGGCCUUCCCAGCCCGUCCUGGGGGACAAGGCAACAUCAAGACCCUCGGGGAUGCCUACGAGUUUACAGUGGACAUGAGAGACUUCUCCCCUGAAGACAUCAUUGUUACCACCUUCAACAACCACAUCGAGGUGCGGGCAGAGAAGCUGGCAGCUGAUGGCACAGUCAUGAACACCUUUGCUCACAAGUGCCAACUACCAGAAGAUGUGGACCCUACGUCGGUGACCUCGGCCCUACGAGAGGACGGCAGCCUCACCAUCCGUGCGCGGCGUCACCCACACACAGAACAUGUCCAGCAGACCUUCCGGACGGAGAUAAAAAUCUGAGGGUCUCCCCACCCCUGGCCUCCCCCCAUCUCCUCCCCCACUGGCCUGCUGGUGAGGUCAUCAUGACCCCUGACAAUGGCUCCCCAGGGCAUCUCGGCCCAGGCUCCAGUCACUUCACACACUCUUAGGCCCCAGGUGGGUCACCCCCACCCCAAACUAGGGCCCUCCUCUCCACCCAAGGCAGUCCAGGGACCCGCUUGCCUUCAUCCAGAUAGACCCUCCCUAUCUUAGUUCACAAUAGAGAACCUGGGGUACUGACCUGGGGGGAGGGGCGGCGCAAGAUGAGGACAGAGCCUAUAACACAGAGUGGUGGCAUCAGUGGGAUUUCUGCAGGGCAGGGGACCAGGAGCCCUCCUGGCAGAUGAAAGGCUGGCCACAAACAGUGCUUCUGGCCUAGGUGGACUGCCUCAGGGAAGCCAGAAAGACACCCAUGACGACUGUCACCUCCCUUGCAACUCUCAAAGCCUCGAACCCAGGGCUACCUGUCACCCCAGCCUCUAACCACUACGUGUACCAGGCAAGGACACCUGUGCUUAGAUGGGGUUUAUGCUCCUGUCUCCAGCUGCUGGUGCAUGAGGCCACAGCCCCAGGCUCCUGGGUGGCUCCCUCUACAGAGAGGGUCCUCUGUGGAAGUGAGAGGAAGAGCCAAGACUUGUGUACACACACACACACCACACACACACACACACACACACACCAUUGUCCUAUGCCUUAAACACCCAUUCCCAUUAGUUGGAGCCCAAUUCAAAGCAUUCUAGAAUCAUACUUAGCAUCUCUGUUUUCAUCAAUGGAGACGUGGCGUCUCUGAGCCUGGGCAGGUUUGUCUCUGAAGCCAGCGCUGCCUCAGCCACUCUCAGCCCCUCACGUCUGUGUACUGGGGACACUUCCCCCCAUUCCACCUCUCCUGAGCCACAUGCCCUGCUUCACCCUGACUGCAGACCGUGGCCAGGGGAAGAGCCCCAACCCAGAUCCCUUCUGGCUCCCAAAUCCAGGACAAAACCCUUGUCAGCCUUCACCCUGGGGGACCCGGGCUCUGCCUCAGUCUCCAAGUUUAAAAUCGGGUGUAAAAGGGGGAAGCUCACUGUCAGUUGGGGUCCCUGGGGCCUCUGAAGUCUUGGGACCCUGUGGUUAGGGAGGGUGGGGGAGAGGGUCGUGUGAGUCUAUAGUCUCUAUAACAUGUACACAAUAAAAGGACAGACUUGUGAAGACCC